UACUAUUUAUUAAGCUAGGCUUGGCUAAUAUUAAUACUACCGUUUAUUAAGCUAGGCUUGGCAAAGGGGCAGAAGGAACCCCAUGUAAUAUGAAACCAGCGUUUAGAGGACACAGCAGUGUUCUGGACAGUGCUGUCUGAGGAGCUGAUGAGAACAUCACCACUGCCCUCUAGUGGUACAAAAAGUAGGUGGCGCUGCUGCACUUCAUAAAGUUAGUCGCAAUCUGCCAUUGAAAGCAAAAGAAGAGUGUUCCUAUGCUCAAUGUAAAGCUAAAGUUGUUUCCCAGGCUGUAGAUCUCCUAUUGGCCAAUCAGACUUGAUCAUGGACGGAGACUAGACAGAGGAGACAAUUUGAAGGCUCCAGAGAGACUCAAGCAGAGAGAGCAGUAACCAGAUAUAAACAAGCUUCUAGACACCAGACAGGACCCAGAGAGACCAGACAGAGAACAAAGAGAGACCUGAGUUAUGGAGACACAUCAGUGUGACACCUGUGGGAAGAGCCUUUCCUCAUCCAGGAACCUCAAGCACCACAUGAUGAUCCACACCGGAGAGAAGCCCUACAGCUGUGACCUCUGUGGUAAAACCUUUAGCCAUGUUGCCAACUUUAGAGCUCACAGCAGGGUCCACACUGGGGAGAAGCCCUACAGCUGUGACCUCUGUGGGAAAACUUUUAGCCGGGCUUGCCAUUUUAAAGUUCACAGCAAGAUCCACACAGGAGAGAAGCCCUACAGCUGUAACCUCUGUGGGAAAACUUUUAGCCAGGCUGGUGGUGCCAAACUUCACCGCACGAUCCACACUGGGGAGAAGCCCUACAGCUGUGACCUCUGUGGGAAAACUUUUAGCCGGGCUUACCAUUUUAAAGUUCACAGCAAGAUCCACACAAGAAAGAAGCCCUACAACUGUGACAUCUGUGAUGCAACCUUCUUCUCCACUGGUGAUUUGAAGAAGCACACUAGGACCCACACAGGAGAGAAGCCCUACAGAUGUGACGUCUGUGGUAAAACCUUUAGCCGUACCGCUAAUCUCAGCAGUCACCGCAGGAUCCACACUGGAGAGAAGCCCUACAGCUGCCCACACUGUGACUAUUCAUGUAAAAGAAAUGACCAUCUGAAGAGUCACCUGCGUAUCCACAAAAGAAAACAAACCAAAGGAGUUAUGUCUGGUGACAAACUGUCCCAGCAGUCACCACCUGAGAGAACUUCUGUAUGACCCACAGCUGGAAGAACUACUGGCCUACACCUACUGGAACAGCACAUGCAGUAACACCAUAUCUACAAUCCAACAUGACAGCACAUGCAGAACACCAGAUCUACAGUCCAACAUGACAGCACAUGCAGAACACCAGAUCUACAGUCCAACAUGACAGCACAUGCAGUAACACCAGAUCUACAGUCCAACAUGACAGCACAUGCAGUAACACCAGAUCUACAGUCCAACAUGACAGCACAUGCAGUAACACCAGAUCUACAGUCCAACAUGACAGCACAUGCAGUAACACCAGAUCUACAGUCCAACAUGACAGCACAUGCAGUAACACCAGAUGUACAGUCCAACAUGACAGCACAUGCAGUAACACCAGAUAUACAGUCCAACAUGACAGCACAUGCAGUAACACCAGAUCUACAGUCCAACAUGACAGCACAUGCAGUAACACCAGAUGUACAGUCCAACAUGACAGCACAUGCAGUAACACCAGAUCAAGAGCUUCUGCUGCGUGUGAUCCCUGAGAAGAACAAGGAAGAAAUAUGGAGAACAUAUUAAAUGACAUGCAUGACAAAAGUCAUGAAGUCCUGUAUAAAUCAAAAUCCUAACUCUAAAAUACACUUUACAGAACGUACCUUUGGGGUAGCCUGCUGGCUGGGGGAGGCCUGCUGGCUGGGGGGGGGACUGCCGCUGAAAUAUGUCCCGCCUACCCCAGAACCUCCCCCUAGUUCCAUUUAUUGGUAGGAAAAUUCAUGCUAAAACUGGGAAAUUCAUAGAAAAUUAAAGAGGCCGCGAAAACCUGUUAACCUGUAGCCGUCUAAAUCCAUUGCUAGCAAGUUAAAUCGCCCAUUGUUUUAUGAAAAAUGACCCUCAAAACGUCUGUAAAGUAACGUAAGCUGUAGCUGGCUAGAAAGCUGACAUUCGCCUCUUUCUUUCUGCGGGGCUGUACAAUCCCUAAUUUCACUGGAUAACAAUUCAUACAUUUAUGUAUUAUUAUGCAAAAUAUUGAAUGAAUGAAAAAACUAAGAAUAUCCCUUCAUGAACUACCAGCAUCAAAUGAUAAUAAACAAUAUAUAUAUAUCUUUAUUUUAUUAUUUUUAGGGGUGCUGAGAUGAAAUUUAGGGGUGCUUGGCGACCCCUAAAAAGGGUCUAAAAUUGCCACUGAAUUGUACCCUCUCUAGUGACAUUAAUAAUUGCAUUGCUGGUUAAUAUAAGGUGUGCCCCUACAUUUUCUGCUUGUGCUCCCAAAAUUUUCAGUCAGGAGCUACUGUGCUCCUAGUAAAAAAAGUUAGUCUGGAGCCCUGGUUUGGCCACAGCCGCUUUGUCAGAAAACU